UCAGUCCUCCUUACGUGAUACGCGUUAUCAGAGAUGACCUAUCUAACUUAUCACAGCAUCCUGCUGUAUCUGUGUAUUCCGGUAUCUCGUUGAUGUUACCAAAAAAAAUUCAUUUUUUUUCCUAUAUUUAGUAACGCGUUGUAUUUUUACUUGUGUACACACGUUUCUUCCUUAUUUUUAUUCAGAUCUUUUAGUAGAAAAAAAAAAAAGAAAAAAACAAAAAGAAAAAAAAAGAUAAAAGAGAAAAAAAAGAAGAAAAAAAUCAAUAAAUAAAUCAAAUCAUUGAUUCUGAUUAAAUAAAAAAUAUACAGUUAAAUAUUAUAUAUCAUUUUUUACGAUAAUUCUAAUUGAUUUAAAUUGAUUAAUACAACAAAAUUAAAAUGUGUCCUGUACGUAAGUGAUCUUCAAUGAUAACUAUCUUGCGAAAAAAAAAAUUAAACAACCAUGCGAUUUGGAUUAGUGAUGGUUCUAAUAUUUUUCGGAUUCAUUUUGGCGGUGAAUGGCUUGAAAUUUCUAAAUUAUAAUACUCCGAAUGAUAAAAAACCACCAAGGGAUAGAGAGAUACGUGGUUAUAGACCACACCAAAUAUCCACUUCCAUUGGAGUAGGAUAUGGUAAAAGAGAUGGAUCUACGGAAAUUUCUAAUUUUAACAAACGAGAAAGAGUACUCAUGUUACUUCUUCGUUAUUUUCCACAAGGAUUUACUCCUGAAAUAAUAUUACGAGAAAUGAAGGCAAAUCCUGUUUUUGCUGGAAAAUUAACAGAAAUGAUAAUCAACGACGAAAAUGGUCAAACGCGAAGUGGAGAACAAUUACAACCAGAAGGAACCAUAUUCGUAUUUUAAACUCUAUAUUGACGAACAUCUAACUAAAAUAUACAAAUUUUUGGCGAUACAUUUCAAUUCAAUAUCUUAAACACUUCAAAAUUGGAUUUUAUUAUUAAUAAUAAUAAUAAUAAUAAUACUGAUAAUAAUAAAAAAAAAAAAAAAAUAAUAAUAAUAAUAACAACAA